AUGGCAGGCAAAGGCAAAGCAAAAGUUUCAUCCGUCACUUCUAAAAUGAAGUCCAAAAAGUUGCGAUCCAAAAAGUCAGCCGAUACAAUGGAAAAGAAAGAGUUUUACAAUUUAGUCCUCCCCAGCUUUUUAGGUCCAAAAGAAGCCGGUCUUACCUUCAUAGAUAAGAGUCAAGGGACUUACUACGCCCCAGAUGCACUUAAAGGCCGUACCUUUGAGGUCAAUCAAGCCGAUUUAGGUCUUAAUAGUACUACUACUACUACUACUACUACUACUAGUGAAGGAGAUCAACAGGCUAUUAGGAAGUUUAAGUUUGUAGUGGAAGGAGUUAGAGGUAAAGAUGCGAUGAGUAGUUUUUAUGGGAUGGAAUUGAUAAGCGAUAAGAUCAAAAGUAUUCCUAAGAAAUGGCAUACUUUAAUUGAAGCCUGUUUAAAGGUAGAGACUUCAGAUGGUUACUUAUUAAGAGUCUUUACUAUUGCUAAUACUAAGCGUAAGCCUAAGGCAGUUAAGAAGAACUGUUAUGCGAGUUUAGCUCAAGUUAAAGCGAUAAGACAGAUAAUCUUUAAGAUCAUUGCUGAAGAGUUAGAGGGAUGUUCUAUUCAGGAGGUGAUGAAGAAGUUAAUGGGGGAGAGUAUUGGGAGUCGUAUUGAGCAGGAGACGUUGCGUAUUUAUCCGUUGCAAAGUUGUCAUGUGAAGAAGGUGAAGGUAGUGAAACGACCGAAGGUGGAAGAGGGUCAGUAUGACAGUAAGCAGAGGAGUAAACGGGUGGACAUGGUGGCAGACGUACCAUGUGCAGCUGAAUAA